AUGUCUGCAACCUUGGUGGAAACAUCCUCAGCCAGUCAACCAGGAAGUCUCACACUUACACAUGUUGGAGCUUACAAGGAAAUAGCGCCCACCAGCUUCUCAGAAGAUGAUGAGCGUAAAGGAACUGAGAGGGCUCCGCCGGCGUCAUAUCCCCAUUAUCUCCCUGUUUGGGACGAAAAGACAAAAUAUGAACCUCUCAAGCCAUUCGAGCAUGUCGAGCAUGGAAAAGACGCAGAUCCUACCUUUCAGGAUCUUCUUAAGCCUGGCAGCAAGCUGGCCGACCUGACUGCAUCAAUUGGUGCAGAGAUCACAGGUGUUCAACUGACCUCCCUCGACAAUGCAGGAAAAGAUCAACUUGCACUGCUUGUUGCCCAUAAAAAAGUCGUUGCGUUCCGUGACCAAGACUUCGCGAAACUUCCAAUCCACAAGGCCCUCGACUGGGGGCGGUACUUCGGAAGGCUACACAUUCAUCCCACCUCUGGCGCCCCAGCCGGUUAUCCGGAAGUCCACUUGGUUCACCGUGGCAUUGGAGAUACAUCGGCUCAGGAACUUUUUCAAACAAGGACAAACUCCGUUGCGUGGCACAGCGAUGUGACUUAUGAAAACCAACCACCAGGCACGACCAUUCUUUACGCGCUUGAUAUUCCGCCGAGCGGGGGUGACACUUUGUUCGUGAACAUGGCGGCCGCAUAUCGUCGCCUGAGCCCUGCCUUCAGGGAGAGAUUGCACGGGCUCAAAGCUGUGCAUUCAGCCCAUGAGCAAGCAGAAAGUGCUCUGGCUCGGGGCGGCAUCGUCCGACGUGAGCCGGUAUCAUCAAUCCAUCCCAUCGUGCGCACGCACCCAGCGACAGGGGAGAAGGCACUGUUCGUAAACUCUCAAUUCACCCGCUACAUCGUCGGAUACAAGAAGGAAGAGAGCGAUGCUCUUCUUAAAUUCCUGUAUGACCACAUUGCGUUGAGUCAGGAUCUGCAAGCCAGGGUCAAGUGGGCUCCUGGUACAGUGGUUGUCUGGGAUAAUCGGGUUACAGCUCAUUCCGCAAUUCUUGAUUGGGAAACCGGAGCUCGACGCCACAUAGCUCGCAUCACCCCUCAAGCCGAGCAUCCCACAGAGUAG